AUGGAGAAUGGAGUAGUCGACCUGCUUGUGAUGUUAGGCACAGGAGACGCUGCCCGCGGGAUAGAUUUCACAACUUUUGCAAAAGAGGGCCCUGCUUUCACCCUUCGGCCCAUUCAGGGGGUCACCAUUAGCGAACCCGUCAUAAAAUACAUCAGCGAACCUCUAAGUGACUUUCACAUCACGGCCGUUUUAAAACUUCAGGCGCCGGACGCCAUGCUUUUUUCCAUAGAAAGUCCAAACCAUUUAAAAUCUUUAGGCGUGCAGCUUCAGUCCGUGACAGAAAGUGGCAGGCGUAGGACGAAGGUGAUAUUAUAUCACACGCCGAACACAAGGACCCAGUCCAGGUCGACUUUUAGUCAUGUGACCAUACCGGAUAUUUAUAAUACAUGGGUGAAACUGGAUAUUCAAGUGAAAAAGUCAUCGUUGAGCGUGUACUUGAAUUGUGAACCUCAAGCCGAUGAUGAUUUGAUUGGUGGGGGUGGUCCGCUUGCUUUUGAGGAUGGAUCCACUCUGUAUAUAGGGCGAUCAGGUUUUAUUCCUCACAACGAAUUCAAGAAUGAAAUCGAGGUAUUAGGAACAGCGGGGGAUGAUGUAGACGUGUUUGCAGGAUCUGGAUCCGGCGAUGGCUCAGAUAUCACGGUGGACAUUGACGAUAUCACUGAUGCGGUGCCCAAGCAAAGCAUGAAAGGAGAGCAAGGAGAGCCGGGGCCCAAGGGUGAGAAGGGAGACCAGGGUCCGCCUGGAAUACCCUCCCCCCCUCAACCCCCACCAGACCCGAGUGUCCUGUUGGGGAUGAAGGGGGAAAAAGGGGACAGAGGGGACAUGGGGAUCCCAGGUCAGCCUGGCAAAGAUGGGUCCAAAGGGGACAGGGGAGAUGUGGGAAUUCCAGGGCCCCAGGGACCCCAAGGCAUACAGGGACAUCCUGGUCUCGCAGUUGUAGGACAGAAAGGCGAGCCAGGAUUGCCCGGACUGCCUGCUGAACCGCGCCCGUACGAUGAAGAACCCGGACCUAAAGGAGAGCCCGGGAUGCCAGGACUUCCUGGCAAAGAUGGAAAAGAUGGAGUUCCGGGUCGAGAGGGUCCAGUGGGACCACAAGGACUGCCGGGCCAAGGCCUUGCAGGAGUGUCAGGAAGGGAUGGUCUACCAGGCUUAAUGGGUCCCCAGGGUCCACCAGGCCCCCCUGGACCACCAGGACCUGCGCAUACCCAGCCCAUAUCCCUGAUCGCAGAUGAUGACCUUUUUGAGGGGUCAGGAGAGGUCAGGCCCGCGGUUGGCGGGGUCAAAGGUGAUAAAGGUGAUCGCGGUGUGCCCGGGCCCCAGGGUCCACCAGGGAUUGCAGGCCCUGCUGGAAUGCCGGGCGUGGCUGGAGCAAGAGGGCUCCAGGGUGAGACUGGACCCCAGGGACCUCCUGGAGCCCCAGGGGUGUUUGAAGGUGACCCAGAAGACCUGAGGGGAGACCCUGGAUCCCCUGGCUUACAGGGUCCUGAGGGAAAACCAGGCCUGCCAGGGCCAGCAGGGGAGCCUGGUAUUCCAGGUAUCAACGGCAUGAAGGGAUCACAGGGUGAUGAUGGAUUGCAAGGAGAACCGGGUGUUGCAGGAGUUAUGGGCCCAAUGGGACCCGAGGGACCAUCCGGGCCCGCUGGAAAACCAGGAGUUGAUGGCAAAGAUGGACGACCUGGACCCCCUGGACCCCAGGGUCCUCCGGGACAGGUCGUUGAGGUAUCGGGCGGGUCAGUUGCUGGUCCCAUGGGACCCCAAGGCCCAGUGGGUCCUCGAGGCUUGCCUGGGUCUGCAGGAGAUACGGGUGUGCCUGGCCCACAGGGGCCAACAGGGGUUAGGGGAGAGAGGGGAGAGCAGGGGCUGCCUGGGCCACUUGGCUUCAAGGGAGAAAGGGGAGAUGUUGGAGAGCCCGGGUCUGCGGGCCAGCCAGGAGAGAGGGGCGCGCCAGGGAUGGACGGUCUGCCAGGCAGUCAAGGAGCCGCUGGGUUACCUGGCAACCAUGGAAUGAAGGGAACCAAAGGUGAUCAAGGUGAAACUGGAUUACCCGGAGCAUCAAUUGUGGGAGCAACCGGGGCACCUGGUCCGUCCGGCCCACCGGGUCCCCCUGGCCCUCCAGGACCACCCGGGCACUUGUCCGGAAAUGCAGGUGAUUUGAUCUUCGACGGGGAAGGAAGUGGUGAGAUGAACAGUAUGCCCGGAUUGCCUGGACAGAAAGGCGAGAAAGGUGAUCCUGGAUCAAGUGGUGUUGCCGGUGAACAGGGGCUGCCUGGAGUUGAUGGGUUGCCGGGACCUAAAGGUGAAAGAGGGCUGCCCGGAGUUGAUGGUUUGACGGGACCUCAAGGUGAACGAGGGCUGCCCGGAGUUGAUGGUAUGCCUGGUAAGCCGGGUAAAGAUGGCUUACCGGGACCGGACGGAGAACCAGGCAUCAACGGUGUCAUGGGCCCUAAAGGAGACAAGGGAGAUAUGGGACCUGUUGGCCCCGUGGGACCCCCUGGUCCACCGGCGGGUCCUGGAAAUCUGGUUUCUGGGGGGGCAGUAGUCACGGGCGAGCCUGGAAAACCGGGACCUAUGGGACCACAGGGACCAAUAGGACCAACGGGAAAACAGGGCGAAAUCGGUUACCCUGGAUUCCCGGGUCCAAGAGGGGUCAGGGGCUUCGCAGGUCGUAAGGGUGAUCCUGGAGUCGGAACUCCGGGCCGGAAAGGAGAGCCUGGACAAACAGGUGCACCUGGAUUGCCUGGGACUGCUACUGGCGCGGGUGGCAAGGGAGAUAAGGGAGACCCUGGUAAUGGUGGAAAACCUGGACGGGAUGGAUCUAAGGGAGAAGCAGGUGCUAGGGGACCUCCGGGAUUGCCUGGAAUCCAAAGUGAUGACGGUGGAAGGGAAAUCGUGGGGCCUGAGGGACCUAAGGGCGAAAGGGGUCCACCUGGAUACCCGGGUCAGAACGGUCUGCCAGGUCGGGAUGGUGUGGGAGAGAGAGGACCCAUGGGGCCACCGGGACCACCUGGAGAUGCGACUGGACUGCGGGGCCCACCAGGGCCACCCGGAGCACCUGGUCUGCCCGGAACAGGAUCUGGGUCUGGAGGUGACGGAGCUGCUACCCCGGUUCAGUUUGCUGACGAGUCUGAGCUCCAGAGAGCAGCUCGCAAAAUUCCAAUUGGAACGCUGGCCUUUGCACUGAACACAGAACAAGUGUAUAUACGCGUUUCCCAGGGUUGGAGAAGUAUAACGCUUGGAAAUGACUUAAUUCGCUUGCUGCCAGAAACACCAGUGGUCAUUGUUCCACCAACCUUGCCUCCUACUACUACGCCCCCUUCGCGAGUACCAGAAAACCAGUCUGAUGGAAGAAUUACAGGAUCACCAAGGCUUCACCUUGUUGCACUGAACAAUCCCCAAAACGGCCACAUGCGUGGAAUCCGGGGCGCGGACAGUCAGUGCCAUAGAGAGGCCCGCGAAUCUGGGAUGAACGGAACUUUCCGCGCGUUCCUGUCUUCGUCUGACCAGAAUUUGGACUCUCUUGUGUACUAUCAGCUGGACCGAAGUGUUCCCAUUGUCAAUUCAAAGGAUGAGUUGCUGUUCAACUCCUGGAAUGACAUGCUGAAUGGCGGGGGCGGGGCCUUCAACCACGGCGCCUCCAUCUACUCCUUCAACGGGAAAAACGUGAAGGAUGAUCGGCAGUGGCCAAUGAAGGUUCUCUGGCAUGGCUCUGACAGGAAGGGUAACCGCAUGGAGGAUAAGUCGUGUCGAGGCUGGAGCUCACACUCUCGGUAUUCAAGCGGCCUGGGCAGCUCUCUCAUGGAUGGGAAGAUGAUGGAUAUGGACGAGUACAGCUGUAACAACGCCUUCGUCAUCCUGUGUGUGGAGAUCACCAGUCAACAGAAGUUGCGGAAAUGA